AUGGCGCCCUCAGCCCCCUCUUCCUAUCGUCCGCGCAAGAAGAGAAAGUCUGCACUCUUCGCUGGCUCCAACGACUCACUUACCGUGGACUCUGGGGACGGUAAAGCUGCGCCCGCAUUUCCUUUAGUCUCAUUUUUAUGGGGUGCUCGGGCUGGUGUGUCACAAUGGCUAGUCCUUCCUCUUAUCCUGCUGGCAGCGGGCCUGUUUCGCUGGGCUGUAAGUCUGUGGGGGUAUUCAGGCUUUAAUAUUCCUCCAAUGUACGGUGAUUUCGAAGCCCAGCGUCACUGGAUGGAGAUAACCAUCCAUCUUCCCUUGUCAAAAUGGUAUACGUACGAUCUACCGUACUGGGGACUUGAUUAUCCGCCAUUGACAGCGUAUCAUAGCUGGUUAUUAGGAAAAGUAGGCUCAAUUUUUGAGCCGAUGUGGUUCGCCCUAGAUAUCUCCCGCGGCCUAGAAGACCCUCUACUCAAAGUCUUUAUGCGUGCGACAGUGAUCGUCUCCGAGUACCUCGUCUAUAUCCCGGCAGUUGUCACCUUCCUGCGACGUUACACCAGGAUGCAAGCCGUUCCUGUAUGGUCGUCUUCUGUUGCACUUAGUGCCAUCCUCCUACAACCAGCAACCAUACUUAUCGACCACGGUCAUUUCCAGUAUAACACUGUGAUGCUGGGUUUAUUCGUUGCGUCUCUUGACGCCAUAAUGGCUGGACGCAUGCUUUGGGCCUGCAUUUUCUUCGUUGGGGCUCUGGGGUUUAAGCAAAUGGCUCUAUACUAUGCACCGGUUAUGUUCGCAUUCCUCUUGGGCGUUUGCAUUUUCCCCCGACCUCGAAUUGUUCGACUCCUCAGUAUCUCAGUCGUUACGGUUGCCGCCUUUAUUGUCCUUUUCCUCCCUUUGAUUCAUGGUACUACAAGCACGGAGGCUAGGGAGAACCUUCAGUCUACUCCAGAACCACCUUUACUUCAGGCUCUUCCCCUUCGACUCGACAGUGAUUCCUCAUUAUAUCCCCUUAUUUUUCAGCUGACCCAGAUCAUCCACCGGAUUUUUCCGUUCUCUCGUGGUCUCUUUGAGGACAAAGUGGCGAAUGCCUGGUGCGCCGUUCACACUUUUUACAAACUCCACCGAUUUGAGCCGGAGCUACUGAAGCGCGUAUCGCUCGGUGCUACAUUGGCAUCGAUUCUGAUACCAUGCGCCAUAAUUUUCCGCCACCCCCGCGCCUCGAUUCUCCUCCCUGCCUUUGCUACCGUUGGUUGGGGCUUUUUCCUUUUCUCUUUCCAGGUUCAUGAAAAAAGUGUAUUAUUACCUUUACUUCCGAUGACACUGCUCCUUGCUGGUGAUGGGGGCUUCAAUAAAGAUACUCGGUCAUGGGUAGGAUGGGCGAAUAUCCUUGGCUCUUGGACUCUGUACCCGCUGCUCAAACGCGAUGGCCUUCGGGUCCCAUACUUCGUCGUGACAUACCUUUGGGCCUUCCUGUUAGGCCUUCCCCCGACGUCGUGGCAGGUGUACCGCCAUCAGAAAGCAGCGGCGGCCACAGAAACCGAAAUCGAGCCCAAUGGCCUAACAAAACUGAUACAUUCUUUGUUCUACCUUGCUAUGAUAGGAUGGCAUGUGCUCGAGGCGUUUGUUCCUCCACCACCUGGUAAGCCAGAUCUAUGGGUGGUUCUCAAUGCCCUCAUUGGCGCUGGAGGUUUUGGAAUCUCGUACCUCUGGUGCUUGUGGAAACUGAUCAGCCAAUCCCGCCGGAUGGAUCACAAAGUGGAAGAAAAUCGGAAGAAGAAUCAGUGA